AUGUUCGACUCCGGUGCAGGCAUUCGCGUGGCUGAAGCGCAUGGUGUUUUAUCCGUUAUGACACUGUUACCACCGGAUUUCAAUGAAACAUUUGCGUAUUACCGAGGGUCAUAUUACCCUGGAAAUGAAUAUGACGAAGAAGGACGAAGAUCUACAGUGCAGGAAGAAUUCAUUAACAGAAUUACACAACCAUCAACAUUACAGUAUGUUGGAGGGAGAGUUGAUGGGUCGCGCCACAAGCCUUUGUUCCAAGAUGAUAUCAAACCGAUAUACAAUCCGUUACAAUUUGGUGAUGAUAGAAGGUAAAC